AUGGCGGAUGCGCCUUCGAGCCCGGCCGGAGAUGGCGGAGAGAGCGGCGGCUCGGUUAGGGAGCAGGACCGAUACCUUCCAAUAGCUAAUAUCAGCAGGAUCAUGAAGAAGGCGUUGCCUCCCAACGGGAAGAUCGGCAAAGAUGCUAAGGACACUGUUCAGGAAUGCGUCUCUGAGUUUAUCAGCUUCAUCACCAGCGAGGCGAGUGAUAAGUGUCAGAAGGAGAAAAGGAAAACAGUGAAUGGUGAGGAUUUGUUGUGGGCAAUGGCAACACUAGGAUUUGAGGAUUACCUUGAUCCUUUAAAGAUUUACCUUGCGAGGUACAGAGAGGGGGAUAAUAAGGGAUCAGGAAAGAGCGGAGAUGGAUCUAAUAAAGAUGCUGGUGGGGGUGUUUCUGGUGUUCUUGAUGCUGAGGAGUUGUCUCUAGUGAACAAUGGUUUCACCAGUACCACACAGCUUCGCAAGUCUACUGAUUCGAUGACGACAACAACUCAAGGAAGCAGAUUCUCUGUUGCGAGCAUUGAGUCUGAUCUGUUCCACGACCUGAGAGCCUCUUUACGUGAUUCACCGGCUGUGAAGCAGGCGGGAACUCGAGAGACCGAGCCUAAGUUACCGGUUGGAAAAAAGACUAAAGAUUACAAACAGAAAGAUCAACCUAUGAGUCUCAUUCCUCAACCAAAGAUAUUUUCUUUUUCUUCUUCUUCAUCUUCUUCCAUCUCCAAACUUUUGACUCCUCGUCAAGCUAAACCCGAGAAGAAAUGUGUUGCAAGUGAAAAAGGAAGGAUCAAGGGAAAACACAAGAGUCAUGGGAACGAAGAACAAUCUGGAUCAAAAUCUAUCAUAAGGUCAUCGUAUUCAAGCUAUGCAGUGAAAGAUUUGAGAUCAUCCUCGUCUGGUCUGAGGUUACCACUUCCAAAGAUGGGAUUUUUCGACUCGGAGAACAACGGAGAGAAGGAAAACAGAGAACCAAAUGGUGCUGAAGCAACUGCAAACAGAAGAAGGAGACACAAGUCCAAACUUGAGACUUUUUCUCCACCAGAAAACCGCAGCGUUUUGGGCCAAAGCAAAACACGAAAGUGA